AUGCACGCAGCCCUCGUCAACACCUGGGGCUCACCCCCGACCUACACAACCGUCCCGGACCUCCCAGAACCAUCCCCAACACAAAUCCGCCUCCGCGUCCUCGCAACAGGCGUCCACCGCCUCGUUCUCUCCCGCGCCUCGGGCAAACACUACACCGCUUCCACACUCCCUCACCUCCCCGGUGCAGACGGCGUAGGCGAGGACCCGACCACCGGUCAACGCUACUUCUUCGCCGCCCUCGCGACAGGCAGCUUUGCGGAAUUCGUCAACGUUGACCGAGCCGCUGUAUCACCGCUCCCAGAGGGCGCGGACGCUGCUGUCGUCGCUGCUUACAUGAAUCCCGUCAUGAGUAGCUGGAUGGCGCUGUCUGCGCGCGCGGCACCGCAGCAGAAAGGCUUCUCUGUCGCGAUCUUGGGUGUGACAAGUGCUAGCGGGCGCGUGGCUGUUGAUGUUGCUCGUGCCAAGGGUGCCGGUCGGAUUGUCGGUAUCGCGAGGAAUGCUACUGCCAUGGAGGAGAUCCCGAUCGACGAGCGCAUCAUUCUCAAUGGCGAGGAGACGGACUGGUCAAAGCUGGGCGAAGUGGAUGUUGUACUGGAUUACGUCUAUGGAAGCCCUGUGGUGGAACUGCUCAAGGCCUUGCCCAAGUCGGAGAGGGAGGUGCAGUAUGUACACAUUGGCUCCGUGUCUGGUGAUGGGGAUAUUACUCUCCCUGGAGCCAUCUUGCGAGGGAAGAGGGUCGCGCUCCGUGGUGCUGGACCGGGCAGCUGGCUCAUGAGGGAGUAUGCGAGCGAGCUUGGUGGAAUGGUUGGUGUGACCGCUGCUUUGAAGGGCAAGGAAGUCAGGGUGAUUGCAAUGAAGGAUAUUGAGAAGGGAUGGAGCGAGGCGGGACUAGGCAAGACGCGUGUUGUUUUCGUGAGCGAUGAUCUUGUGAAGUCGUCUUGA